CUGGGCACAAUCCAGGUAUUUGGUUGCGGAAACCCGGAUCCCUAAGCGCCACCCCCACGUCAGGGGUGACAUAUAUGUAAACCAGCUGGCUGGAGCGAGGGGGCCUCGCUCCGAUGCUCCCUUGAUGCCCUGAGAGCGGCGGGAUACACCUAAACUAUUUUGCACGGGGCGCCGACUGCCUCGCCAAAGCCCGGGAAGGGAGGAGCAUACAUGAAGUAGUUGGAUGGGCUGGAACCUGGCUCCCUUGCGUUCCUGAGAGGACCUGGACACACCAGUUAAUUGGCUGGCUGGGAGGGGCGGGGCAGGGCCAGGUUCCCCUUCGGCUCCGAGGUCGGCAGCACUGUAAAUAAGCCGGGCAAGGCGGGACACCCCGGGGUCCCGCCCAGUUUAGUGGGCUCCCGGCAUCACAGUCGGGGCUCCACGCUGUGGCCUGAGGCUGCGGUACCAUGGAGGCAGCGGCCGGUUCCCCCGAGGCCCCCGAGGCCUGCCGCUUCUUCCUCGAGGGCCGCUGUCGCUUCGGCUCCCGCUGCCGCCAGCCACACCCCGGGGCCCCAGAGCCCUCCCCCGAGGUCGCGCAGCAGUCCCCGGAGCCUGGGACCAAGAAGCCGGCGCUGCGGACGGCCGCUGACGUCAUCCGGCGCAUCCGCUGGGACCCGCGCCUGGACCCUGCCGACUUUUCGGUGGGCUACACCGACCGCUUCCUGGGCGUGCAGGAGGAGCCCUUCGGCGCCUUCUGCUGGGACGAGCCCCUGGCGGCGCUCGGGCCCGGCGUGCUGGCGGUCCCGCAGCACCGCAUCCGCUACUUCCGCUUCCGGGGCCGCCUGGUGUGGGACCGGGCCUCGCGCACUGACCUCAUUUUUGGCUCAGGCUCGGCGGCUGGACGGGGACCCACCAUCCUCGACGCGCUGGACGGCGGCGGGGGCGGGCGCCGGGCAGAGGUUGCACUAGAAAGCCCUGACACAGUAGAGACCGGGGCGGCUUCCCAGGGCCAGGGCACCCAGGAUGCCUCUAGGGAAGGGGGUGGAGACCCCGCAAGAACUGGGCUCGAUCCGGGCCUGGAGACACCCGACGAGGGCGGGACAGCCGGAGAGAGCAGAGCCGGGCUCGAUCCGGGCCUGGAGACACCCGACGAGGGCGGGACAGCCGGAGAGAGCAGAGCCGGGCUCGAUCCGGGCCUGGAGACACCCGACGAGGGCGGGACAGCCGGAGAGACCGUCCUGGAUGGGGCGGCUGCGUCGAGACCACCAGGCACGCUGCUUCCACGGUGGCGGGCACAGGCCAUGGGAGCUCCGGGGCUUUCUGCUGGAGAGAUGAAGAGUGAGUGGGAUCCAGGGGUUUGGCCUGACGGAAGGUCCCCUCGCCAGCCGCGCCCCACACAUUUUGUGGCACUGAUGGUGACAGAGCCCGGGCUUAGGGCGGAAGUGGUCAAGGCCCAAGAGCGUCUGGUCCAGAUGGCCCCGGCUUGUGCCGCUUUCCUGGUUCCUGCGAAGGAUCUGCACCUGACAGUGGCCCUGCUGAGGCUGACAGGCCCCGGCGAGGAGGCUGCCGCAGCCGGGGCUCUGCGGAGGGCCCUCUUGAAACCAGGACUUCAGACACCCUCUCAGCUACGGUUCAAGGACUUGGUUCUCCUGGGCCACCAUGUGCUCUGCGCCACGCCCUGCCCCGCACUGGGGGGCAUGGCCCAAACUCUGAGUCUGAGGCUGGAGGAUGAAGGGCUGAGGGUGGUGCGGCCCUCAGGGGGACUCCAGCCGCACCUCACUCUGGCCAAGGUGCCGCAUGGAUCCCAGCUUUGCAUCCCUGAAGCUGGGCUCCUCGUUCAGGACGAGGAGCUGGGAAGGCAGCCCCUGGGGAAACUCUGGCUGUGCCGUGUGGGCAGAGCAGGGCACAGCUACAGGCCCCUGGCUGAGAUUCCCCUAAAGUGACCACCCAAACCUCAGAGAAGAAACUAGCCAAACAGAAA